CCAAUGAAUUUAGGUUUGGCUUUGGCAAAACUCGAUCCAACCCGACCCAUUACCAUCCCUACCCUACACAAGUUUCCUUGUGGGUCGGGUGGACACAUCAUGUGUGGAGAAGAGUGGCCAGUCUUCCAUGGCUACAUUCUUGACUUUGAAAGGAGAAAAGCCUGAAAGUCAGUUAAUAAACUCUGUAGUGGAUUGGUCCACGUCCACAUGUAUUACGAUAAUAUUACUAAUUAAUCAAAUAAAAGUCAUGGUCCGAUCCCUUUUCUGCUAUUUGGCCUUAUGAUGUUGGUAAAGGUGUGUGCUGAAUACGUUCUUGCUUCAGUUUCCGGCGCACCAUUUUUCACACUUAAUAUGUUAGAAUAUAGUAACCAACUAGAGUGGGUCCCGACCAGAUGGCUGGAGGAAGGUGAGAUAUGAAAUUUGAUAAUGUAAUGAGGUGUAUAGCUUAUUGUUGUAUAGUUUUUUUUUGGAAAACACGUAAUAAAAAUAAUAAAUUUUAGUAGGGAAGAGACAUGAAUGAUGCAACAAAUAAAAAAUCAGCCUUAUGAACCAAAAUAAAGUACAUGUUACCUUGUGAAACAAUAUUGCUUCUGGUAAUAUGAUGAGGUGGAGUAAGUUUUUGUAGAAACCGAAUUUCAGAAAAUCGAAUAAAAAAUCGCCUAUCCCCCCGGUUUUCGGAAAAUUAGCAUAUCACAAUCGUUGCUAGCUUUUACUCGGCCCGUUGGCCGAUUAAUUUGCUUUAUAAAACUUUUAUCUUGUCGUCAUUGUGCUUUCUGAUUUUUGCCAGACCAUGAUAAAAUCUAAGGAAAUCAAGAAUGAACAACACGCUUUGGGAUAGGAACCGUCGUUCCUGUAUCCCUAGAAAAUGGUGGUAAACACGGACUCACCGACCAAACUAGUUUGUAUUGAGAUUUUUAUCGGGUAUCAGGGAACCAUGUGAUUAUAAAUUUCUUUUCGGUGAUUCAUGUGAUUAUAAAUUUGACUUGAUCAAAACGGGCCAAAAUUUGAAAUUCAGCCUAUUUGACCGACCCAUGCCAAACUCUAAUUAAUCUUUACUUUUAAACUUUCUAUUUGAAAAUAAAAAUAGUGAAAAAAAGAGAUGACUGCAAUUCGUCAUUUACACAUCACUGAUUCAGGAUUAAAACCAUAGAAAUUCGAAAGGAAACUGAAAAAUAUUUAGAAUCGUUUUAAUGUUAAAAAUAAUCAAAUAGAUCUUUCUGUUUAGUUUUUUACUAACAAAUACCAAACAAUUUCCUAUAAAAUACACUAUAAUUUAAUCAUUAUGAUAUCAAAUAAUUACAUAAUAUAUAUUUGAAAUGAUAAAAAUUGGACUAAUUGGGUUGGUCGAGGUAGAACCAUUGAAUAACUUUAAAACAAAUUAUAUUUUCGCCCAUAAGAUAUAAAAUAAUAGCAUAAUAUAUAUUAUGCUAGAGAAAAUAGCUUGUUUUAGAAUGGCAAAACCAUAAUGUUCAUUUUUUUUACUUGAUGGCCAAAUCUCGUGUAGGUCAGGUCCAUUCAACUCUUUUAUUUUAUGGUUAGCGAUUAGCCCAUUAGAAUCCAUGCAUUAGUUUAUUGUUAAUUUUUUUUUAUUCUUAGCAAUAAAAAGGAGUAUUAUUUUUGCCUUUUCAUAUAUAUUUUACCACCACGGAGAAAUAAAAGGGCUUAAAGAAAAAAGUUGACACUCCUCGACUCGUUUAAAUCCGCAUGUGUAUGGUGCUACCUUUGGUAAGGUGUUUUGAGAGUGGUGGAAACACUACAAUAAGAUGACAGUGGAUGGCAAGCCAAAAGCCGAGUGCAAGUACUGUAAGAAGAGGCUUGUUGGAGACCCAUCAAAAGGAACAACUCAUCUGAAGAAUCAUUACCAUCGAUGUCCUAAAGUGAAGCAGCCUGGAGAUAUAAAGCAACAACUCUUACUAGGAAAUCUGAAGAAGGAGAAAUUCCAGUUGACACUGUUCAACUUCAGCCAAGAGAAUUCUCGAAAGGGAUUGGCUCAGGCAAUUAGAAAGCAUGAGUAUUCUCUCUCAAUCAUGGAGCAUGAGGGUUUUAAGAGUUAUAGCAUGAGUUUGAAUCCACUAAUAUGUGGACAUGAAAAACAAGUUGCAAUGGAGCUUUUGAUGAAGAACGAAGGUCGAGUGGCAAUAACCACUGAUAUGUGGACAUCUUCUCAGAAGAAUGGUUUCAUGGCAGUGACUGCACACUAUAUCGAUAAGAAUUGGACUUUAUAAAGUCGAAUUAUUAGGUAAUUUGUUGUGUUCAUUCCCUAAAAGUCUAUGAUUACUAAGUUGUAUUCCCUUAUUAUAAUAUGUGAGUACUAAUGGUCUACUGCCUUGUUUUACAGUAUGUGUAAAGAGAUGUGAUUAUUCCUUACUUCAAUGAUUACUACUGCCUUUUGAAAUUUGAUGUUAUUACUUGCACUAUUGCCUUGUGAUCUCUACCCAGUAUUAUUGCCUUGUAUAAUUACUACCCAGAACAUGUUUAAGUUUAAUUGAGUUGACUGUUUAUUUGUACUACUUCUUUGUAAUUACUACUCAUAAAUAAGAUAACGUUUGAAUCCCUGUUGCUGGCUUGUUACGAUUGUGAUUACUUUAGGUUUAUUUCCUCCUUGUAAAUGUAAUUACUUCCUUGUAAUUACUUCCUUGUAAUUACAACUCAGAAGUCAGAUAACAUGUUUAAAUUUAUUUGAGUUGAUGUGAUUACUGUACUUGUACUCCUUCCUUGUGAUUAUUACCCAGAACAUGUUUAAGUUUAAUUAAGUUCAAUUAAAUUCACUAUUUAUUUGUUCUUCCUUGUAAUUACUACUCAGAACAUGUUUGAAUCCCUGCUCGUUACAACUGUUUCAGUUUAAUUAAGUUCACUCGUUUUUUAUUUACACGUUCAUUUAUGUACCAGUGAAGUAAGUACUUUGUGAAGCUUUGUUUGAUUGUAUAGUGGAUUGGAACCUCGGCCAUAGAUUAUCAGUUGUCACGGUUGAUAAGUGCUCGACUAAUGACACAAUGAUGAGCCACUGAUCGAGAAGCUUCCUUUAGAGUCUCUCUUGAACAAUGGAAGCAUGAUUCAUAUGAGGUAUUGUGCACACAUAUUAAAUCUCAUUGUCAAAGAAGGUCUUAAGGUGAUUGGAGAUGGCAUUGACUGAAUUAGAGAGAGUGUUCGUUUUUGGCUGGCGACACCAAAGAGAUGGGAAAAGUUUGUGGAGAAUACUCGGCCGCUUUAGGCAGCACGCGUGAUUCAUUGUCAAAAUGGUAAGAAGCUUAUACUUGCUUGUGACACUAGAUGGAAUUCAACUUAUCUAAUGUUGAAUACUGCUUUGGGGUAUAAGAAGUUUUUUAUCGGUUAAGAAAUCAGGAGCCAAUGU